AUGACCAAAAAAAACAAAACUAAAACUAAAAACAAAACUAAUAAUAUAAAUAGAAAUAAUAACAAUAAAAAUAAUAAAAAUAAUAUUAUAAAUAUUAAUAAUAAUGAUACUAAUAAUGGCAAUUAUAAUUUAAUAGAAAAAAAACAAAAUCCCCAAUAUCAUAGAAACUCUACAUUAUAUACAUACACACCAAAAUCAGUUUUAAAAAGAAUUGAAAAACAGUUUAUACAGCCUAAAUUUUAUGAACCCAAAACAAUUGGUGACCAUUUCGCUUAUUAUACAGUAAUAGGGUUAAAGAAAUUUUCAGAAAUAAUGUUCACAAAUAAACAUAUAAAUUUUGCUAUUGUUUUGGAGUCAAUUGCGUCAGUACCAGGACUGUGUGGCGGGGUUAUACUUCAUUUAAGAGCAUUAAGAACUAUGGAAAGUUGCAGUUGGAUCAAAACUUUAAUGGAUGAGGCAGAAAAUGAAAGAAUUCAUUUAAUGGUAUUUAUUGAAUUAACUAAAGCAACACUGUUUGAAAGAAUAUUAGUUACAAUGGCACAGUUUAUAGUAUGGUUUUUGUAUUUUAUAGGCUAUAUAAUCAGUCCAAAAACAAUGCAUAGAAUAGUUUCAUAUCUUGAAUAUGAAGCAGUUAAAACAUAUACCAACUUUAUUAAAGAUAUUGAUUUAGGUUUAAUAGAAAAUGUUCCAGCAUCAAAGUUAGCAAUCGAAUAUUGGGGAUUAGAUAAUGAUGCAACACUAAGAGAUAUGAUUUUGGUAAUAAGGCAGGACGAAGUAGACCAUAAUAUAGUUAAUCAUCAAAUAUCAAAAAAAAUUUUAAAAAAUAAUAAUGAUCCUGUAAUUUUAGAAAAUAAAUUUAAUAAAAUAUCUUUUACAGAUAAUUUAAUUAUAAAUAAUAAUAAUAAUAAUAAUAAUUAUUAUAAUAAUAAUAGUAAUAAUAGCAAUUAUAAUAAUUGUAAUAAUUUUAAAGAUAUUAAUAUGAAAAAAAGCAUUAAUAAUAUUAUUAAAAUGGAUUCAAUAAAAAUCUCCCCAGAUUUAACAUGCUAA